AAACUUCGUAACUUCUUGAAUGUAACUUUGAAAACUUAAAAACUGAACUAAUGUGUUUCGGCCAACCAUACCCUAUAAAGAGUCUCGUUUUUGCCGAGUAGUCUGAAGCUUCAUUCACAUGGCGUCUCCCGUGGUUUAGCGGCGCCACCCAUUCUCGAUGCAUCCUCGUCUUCCCUUCUGAGAUGAGCGCAUGAUCAGAACGAGAAGAGCCAGUUUCAGAUUGUAAAAGUUCAACGACCUCAGUAGAGUCAGAUUCUACCACGAUCUUCCUCUAACCGGUGUCUCGUGUCCCAAGCGAGUGUAAUACCAGGGAGGCAAGCACACAUGACCAUAAGUUACCCGCUUUUUCAGUUGUUCCUUUUCCCUUGAAGAAAAAAGGUACCCAUUUUUUGCGGUGCAUCAUCUGGACUAGAUGAACAUCUUUAGUAGGAGUAGCAGGCGAGGAUGUAGGAGUGAUGUUAAAGCUUCGAAACCCAUUUCAUCUUCUUCACCCGUUAAAGCAACGAUUUUUACCCCCUUGUCGCUCCCUCACCGCCAUUAUUCAACCGUCACCGGCGACGCUGCCGCUGGUGGAGGAGGACUUCGCAGUUGCCAAACUCAUUCUCGACUCAGAUACGCAAUCCCUAUCUGAAACCCUACAAAGAACGACUUUCCAGUGGAAUCCAAAUCUAGUGGACAAGGUCCUCAAACGCCUAUGGAACCAUGGACCCAAAGCGCUACAAUUUUUCAAGUACCUUGAACGCCACCCGACCUAUACUCAUGCCUCGUCAUCAUUUGAUUACGCCGUUGACAUUGCAGCGCGCAUGCGUGAUUACAAGUCUGUUUGGAACCUGGUUGCUCGUAUGCGAGCUUGCCGUGUCGGACCAAGCCCUCGAACUUUCGCGAUCAUUACUGAGAGGUAUGUCGCUGCUGGUAAAGCCGAUAGAGCUGUUAAGAUUUUUUUGUCAAUGCACAAACAUGGUUGCCGUCAGGAUUUGAAUUCUUUUAACACGAUUCUUGAUGUGUUGUGCAAGUCCAAACGAGUAGAAAUGGCUUAUGAUUUGUUCAAAGUUUUCAGAGGUAGAUUUAAGGCUGAUAGUAUCAGUUAUAACAUAAUUGCUAACGGGUGGUGCUUGAUUAAGCGAACGCCCAAGGCUUUGGAGGUGAUGAAGGAGAUGGUAGAUAGAGGAUUGACUCCAACUUUGGCUACCUAUAACAUGUUGCUUAAAGGGUAUUUCAGAACGGGUCAACUGAAGGAAGCCUGGGAUUUCUUUUUGGAAAUGAAAAAGAGGAAAUGCGAUAUUGAUGUUGUGACCUAUACUACCAUGGUUCAUGGGUUUGGUGUUGUGGGUGAAAUCCAGAAAGCUAGAAAGAUUUUUGAUCAGAUGGUUAGGGAGGGUGUUCUUCCCUCAGUGGCGACAUACAACGCUUUGAUUCAAUCUUUAUGCAAGAAGGAUAGUGUGGAUAAUGCUAUAUUGGUAUUUGAAGAGAUGGUAAGAAAGGGCUAUGUGCCUAAUUCAGUUACUUACAACGUAAUAAUCAGAGGGUUGUGUCAUAGAGGUGACAUGCAAAGGGCCAUGGAGUUUAUGGUGAGAAUGGAGGAAGAUGACGUUCAGCCAAACGUUCAGACACAUAAUGUCAUGAUACGAUACUUCUGUGAUUCCGGGGAGAUUGAGAAGGGUUUAGACAUGUUACAGAAGAUGAGGAACAGAUCAUGCUUGCCCAAUCUAGACACGUAUAACAUUCUGAUCAGUGAGUUGUUUGUGAGGAAGAAAUCAGAUGAUUUAAUGUUAGCUGGGAAGUUGUUGAUGGAAAUGAUUGAUAGAGGCUUCCUGCCUCGAAAAUUUACUUUUAAUCGAGUUUUGAAUGGGCUUCUGUUAACUGGCAAUCAAGAUUUUGCUAGAGAGAUAUUAAGAUCACAAAGUAGAUGUGGCCGGGUUCCUCGGCAUUUGAAGCUCUGAACGCUGGUUGAUUGUGGUUCAUGUGUGAUUUUAUUGGUCUUCUGCAAGAACUGUAACUGGCUCCUUAGAGUUCCAAAAUGAGAAUGGAAAUUAAUUUAAUUUGUUGGAGAAAUUGAGGAAGAAAUGCAGAUUUAGCAGUCUCUGAAAUUUUAGAGGAUUUGAAGGCUUGAUGGUGACUACAUUAUGAAUCCAGUGUGCUGCACUGUGUGACUUCCAUUGCUUCUUGUUUCGAUUAAACUUCAUGAAAAGUUGUCGACUAAAUGUAAAUUCUCUUGUUGGAAUGAUCAGUUAUCAACAGAGUUUUCAAUGUAAAUUUGUUCAAUUUAUCACCUAUAAUAGAGGUUUCCCACUGAAUAAAUAAAGAGCUGCCCUAUAUUUUCAAA